AUGAGCGCCCGCACGGCCACUGUCAGCCGCAAGACCAACGAAACCGACAUCAGUGUGACCGUCGAUCUGGACGGCACCGGCAAACGGUCGAUUACGACCGGAAUCGGGUUUUUCGACCACAUGCUCGACCAGCUGGCGCGCCAUUCGCUGAUCGACAUGACGAUUGCGGCGAACGGCGACACGCAUAUCGACGAUCACCACACGGUCGAGGAUGUCGGCAUCGCGCUCGGUCAGGCGAUCAGCAAGGCGCUUGGCGACCGGCGCGGUGUGACCCGCUAUGCCAGCCUCGACCUUGCCAUGGACGAGGCACUGACGCGCGCCGCGCUCGAUGUUUCCGGCCGGCCCUUCCUGGUCUGGAAGGUGGACUUCACCGCGCCGAAGAUCGGCACGUUCGACACCGAGCUGGUCCGGGAGUUCUUCCAGGCGCUGAGCCAGCAUGCCGGCAUCACGCUGCAUGUUGAGAACUUUUAUGCCGCCAACAGCCACCACAUCGCCGAAACCUGCUUCAAGGCGGUGGCGCGGGUGUUGCGCACAGCCAUCGAGAUCGAUCCGCGGCAGGCCAUGGCGCGCUAUGUGAUCCUGCGGCACGAGGACCGGACACCGCCGCGUGGCCGGGCGCCCCUUCUGGUGAUCCGGGACGGCUGGUCGUGGCUCGGCUUCGUCGUGCCGCUGCUUUGGCUGUUGUGGCACAGGCUUUGGUUCGCCGCCUUCGGCGUCUUUGCAGCCUCGCUGGCCAUCGCGCUGUUGGCGCAGAACCCGCAAUGGGCAUCGCUCGCCCUGCCGUUCAACCUGCUGGUCGGGCUUUUUGUGGGUCUGGAAGGACAGGGCUGGAGGAUCGGCGCGGCGCGCCCGCGCGGCUACCGGCUUGUCGAUGUCGUCGAAGCAGACACGCAAGAGGCGGCGGAAUUGCGGUUUGCGGACAUGGCGGGCGCCCGAUUUUCUCUUUGCCGCGCCCGGCGGGGUGAACCGCUGAUGCGUGUUGCGAUCAUCGAUUACGGCUCGGGCAACCUGCGGUCUGCCCACAAGGCGUUCGAACGCGCAGCGCGCGAACGCGGAAUCGACGCCGAGAUACAGGUUACCGCCGAUGCCGAUCGCGUUGCGUAUGCCGACCGAAUCGUCCUGCCGGGUGUCGGCGCCUAUGCCGAUUGCCGCGCCGGGCUCGAUGCCGUACCCGGCAUGCAUGAGGCGAUCGAUGAGGCCGUCAUCGCCAAGGGGCGCCCGUUUCUGGGCAUCUGCGUCGGCAUGCAGCUCAUGUCGACGCGCGGGCUCGAAAAGACCGUCACGCCCGGUUUCGACUGGAUCGAGGGCGACGUGACGCUGAUGACACCGUCCGAUCCGGCGCUGCGCAUUCCGCAGAUCGGCUGGAACACGCUGGAUGUCAGACGUGAGCAUCCGCUGUUUGCCGGCAUUCCCACCGGGCCGGACGGGCUGCACGCCUAUUUCGUCCAUUCCUACCAUCUGGCGGCCGCGCACGAGGCCGAUAUUGUCGCGACAUGCGGCUAUGGCGGACCGGUGACCGCUGCUGUCGCGCGCGACAACAUGGCCGGAACCCAGUUCCACCCCGAAAAGAGCCAGACGCUCGGCCUGGCCCUGAUCGGCAAUUUCCUGGAGUGGACGCCGACGCGCGAUCGGAAAAGAGCAUUGGCCAUGUCUAAGAUCCUCUUCCCCGCGAUCGAUCUGAAAGAUGGGCAAUGCGUCCGGCUCAAGCUCGGCGACAUGGACCAGGCGACUGUCUACAACGACGAUCCCGCCGCGCAGGCCAAGGCCUUCGAGGAUGAAGGUUUCAAAUGGCUGCAUGUGGUCGACCUGAACGGCGCGUUCGAGGGCGAAAGCGUCAAUGGCGACGCGGUCGAAGCGAUUCUUUCCGCGACGAAGAACCCCGUUCAGCUCGGUGGCGGCAUUCGCACGCUGGCCGAUAUCGAGCGCUGGCUCGACAAGGGCCUCGCCCGGGUGAUCCUGGGCACGGUCGCGGUGCGCGAUCCGGACCUGGUUCGCGAGGCGUGCCGCGCUUUUCCCGGCAAGAUCGCCGUCGGCAUCGACGCGAAAGGCGGCAAGGUCGCCGUCGAGGGUUGGGCCGAAGCGUCCGAAUUGGGCGCCAUCGAACUGGCCAAACAAUUUGAGGGGGCCGGCGUUGCCGCCAUCGUCUUCACCGACAUCGACCGCGACGGCGUUCUGACCGGCAUCAACUGGGAGGCGACCAUCGAUCUGGCCGAAGCGGUCUCGAUUCCCGUCAUCGCCUCGGGCGGCAUGGCGUCGCUUGCCGAUGUCGUGCGGAUGGUCAUGCCCGACGCCGAACGGCUCGAAGGCGCGAUUUCCGGCCGCGCGCUCUAUGACGGGCGCAUCGACGCGCAGAUCGCGCUCGGCGUGCUCGAAGGCAUCCUGCCGCCGGACGACGGCCGCGUCGUCAAGGGCGUCAAUUUCGUCGAUCUGAUCGAUGCGGGCGAUCCGGUCGAGGCUGCCAAGGCCUAUGACGCCGCCGGCGCCGAUGAACUGUGCUUUCUCGACAUCACCGCUUCGUCCGAUGAUCGCGAAACGAUCUUCGAUGUUGUCGCGCGAACCGCCGAACACUGCUUCAUGCCUCUGACGGUCGGCGGCGGGGUCCGCACGAUCGAGGACAUCCGCAAGCUGCUUCUGGCCGGCGCCGACAAGGUUUCGAUCAACACGGCGGCGGUCAAGAACCCGCAAUUUGUUGCCGAGGCCGCCGACAAGUUCGGCAACCAGUGCAUUGUCGUCGCCAUCGAUGCCAAGAAAGUGUCGGGCGAAGGCGAGCCCGACCGCUGGGAAAUCUUCACCCAUGGCGGCCGCGAGCCUACGGGCAUCGACGCCGUGGCGUUUGCGCGGAAAGUGGUCGAUCUUGGCGCCGGCGAGAUAUUGCUCACCUCGAUGGACCGUGACGGAACCAAGGCCGGUUUCGAUAUCGCGUUGACGCGCGCGAUCGCCGAUGCGGUGCGCGUCCCUGUCAUCGCCUCGGGCGGCGUGGGAUCGCUCGAUCAUCUGGUCGAGGGCGUGCGCGACGGUCACGCCACGGGCGUUCUGGCCGCCUCGAUCUUCCAUUUCGGCACGCACACGAUCGGAGAGGCCAAGACGCACAUGGCAAACGCCGGGCUUGUUGCCGCCGGACCGGAGCGGGCUGCCAAGAAGCUUGGCGAAGAGGCGGUCGAAACGGUGAUCGCCGCGCUGGGCGAUGACCGGGACACGCUGAUCGCAGAAAGCGCCGAUCUUCUCUAUCACUGGCUGGUCGUUUGCCGCACCCGCGGGAUCGCGCUCGAUGAGGUCCUCGCCGAGCUUGAAAGCCGCGGUGACCUGUCGCCCUACCGCCAUUUCACCGCGAUCAAAUGGGCCGAGUUCCGCGCCGACACGCCGCUCACCUUGAGCGCCGACGAGGUCAAACGCCUGCGCUCGCUGAACGACCCGGUCGAUCUCGAAGAGGUCCGCCGCAUCUAUCUGUCGAUCUCGCGGCUUCUGUCAGCCCAUGUCGAGGCGUCGCAGGAGUUGUUUCGGCAGCGCAAGCGGUUUCUGAACUUUCCCGAGGCGAUCAAGACGCCCUACAUCAUCGGCAUCGCCGGAUCGGUGGCGGUCGGAAAGUCGACCACCGCUCGUGUUCUGACCGAGCUGCUGUCGCGCUGGCCGUCCAGCCCCAAGGUGGACCUGAUCACGACCGACGGCUUCCUGCUGCCCAAUGCGGUUCUGCGCGAACGCGGGCUGAUGGAACGCAAGGGAUUUCCCGAAAGCUACGAUGUCGGCGCGAUCCUGCGGUUUUUGUCGGCGAUCAAGGCCGGCGAGCAGACGGUCAAGGCGCCGCUUUAUUCGCACCUGACCUACGAUGUGCGCGAAGGCGCCUACAAGACGAUCGACCGGCCGGACAUUUUGAUCUUCGAAGGCAUCAAUGUGCUUCAGGUGCGCGACCUGCCCGAAGACGGCCGGACCAUCCCCUUCGUGUCGGACUUCUUCGACUAUUCGAUCUACAUCGAUGCGGACGACGAUCUGAUCCACACCUGGUAUGUGGACCGGUUCAUGAAGCUGCGGCAAACCGCGUUUCAGGAUCCGCAGUCCUUCUUUCACCGCUAUUCGCAGCUGUCCGAAGAUGCCGCGCGGGCCAUCGCCGAGGGACUGUGGGCCAACAUCAAUUUGCGGAACCUGCGGGAGAACAUCCUGCCGACCCGGCCGCGCGCCGAUCUGAUUCUGCGCAAGGGCUCGGACCAUCUGGUCGAAUCGGUGCUCCUGCGAAAACUUUAG